UUAUGGGAUCUGCCUGGAAUUGGCACCACCACGUUUCCAGCUGACAAGUAUCUAGAGCAUGUUGGGUUUGAAAAGUUUGACUUCUUCAUCAUCAUCUCAGACACUCGCUUCAGGGAAAACGAUGUUAAACUUGCUCGGGAGAUUCAGAGAAUGAAGAAAACGUUCUACUUUGUUCGCUCAAAGAUUGACAACGAUAUACGUUCUGAGCAAAAAAAGAGAGAAUUCAGUGCAGAGGACACUCUAACCACAAUCAGAAACAGCUGCACUGAAGGGCUUCAAAAUGAAGAUAUAGAGUCUCCCCAAGUUUUCCUGGUCUCUGCCUUUGAGCCCCACCUGUAUGAUUUCAGUAAUUUAGGGGAGACUCUUGAAAAGCAACUUCCUGCACACAAGAGACACACUCUGCUGUUGGCCAUGCCCGUCAUCAACCUGGAGAUCGUCAACAAGAAGAAGGAGGUUUUUCAGGGCAUUAUAAAAUAUCAUGCUGCUCUGUCUGUUCUUUUGUCAUCUUCUGUUGUUUUGGACAAGCUCAUCACAGAGUACCAAGCUGGGUUUGGUCUUGACUGUGAGUCACUGCAGAAACUUGCAGAUAGGACAGGAAUGACUUUGACUGAUCUAAAAGCUGUCAUAAAAUCUCCCCUCACUGAUAACGAAAGAGUCAAAGCUCUUUUUACGGAUAUUUUAUCAUUAUCAGCACGUGCAGCUUCUGGAGCUGUAGACGGUGAAGAGUUGAAUUUCUUUUCAGCCUUAGGGAUUUUAGGAACAACAGCACUGUCCUGCUGGUCAACCUACAAUAGUAUAAACCGUUUGUUGGAUAUGUUUGCUGAUGAUGCACACAGGGUUUUCACAAAGAUGUUAGAUCAUGUGACAGCUAUGCCUUGAUGGGAUGAGAUGACUCAGAGGAAAUUAAACUUGAAGAAUCGACAGGUGGGUACUCUGAAAAUAAAUCUCUUAUUGAGCACAGGCUAAGCUUUGAAUACAAAUGAUUUAGAGUUUGUACAAAAUCAAAAUUUAUGAGUAAUCAUAAAUACAGAACACUUUGGUUAACAACUGAUAACAAAACAGUGACGUCAUAUUUUUCCAUUGUUUUCAGAUUACCUCAUAUUCAUAUGGUUUUAUAAUUUUGUGCAAUUGUGUCUAUUUUAUGGUUGCUCCGUGUAGAUUGUAAUGCUAAUGGAAAUCAUUACAUGUUACAUAUUAAAUUUGGAUAUACAAUAUGACUUAUACUUGUAACCUAUACUAGUAACUAAGUACUUAAUAAUGUUUACAUUUUUACUAAUAAUAUAUAGAAAUAUUUAUGCAUGUGUUAUAGUCAUAUGCACACUGACUAAAGAAUUAAAGGACAAGUCUGUGCAGGAAGAAGGUAAAUGCCAGAGAAUAUUUUGUGAAAGGGGAUGAAUACUCAUUCCAAAUGUUUAAAAUGUCACACCACUAAUGUGUUUGCAAUCAGGCUUGUACAUAUGGUUGGGUGUUCUGAUUAUUGGGGGAUGGUCACCAUAACUGAGUAUUAUGGUCAUAUGUGUUAUUAAACUGUGCGUAACAUAGAAAAACUACAGAAUCA